GUGUGGCAGAUUGCCAUGAUUAUUUUAUUUGGGGUUUUUGUGCGCUACAACGACGAGGCAGAUGCACACUGGACUGAACAUAUGAAGGAGAAGAAUAUUACCAGUCAUGCUGAAAAUGAUUUCUACUACAGAUAUCCAAGUUUCCAGGAUGUCCAUGUGAUGAUCUUUGUGGGUUUUGGCUUCCUCAUGACCUUCCUGAAGCGAUACAGCUUUGGCGGAGUGGGCUUCAACUUCCUUAUCGCUUCGUUCGGCCUGCAGUGGGCACUGCUGAUGCAGGGCUGGUUCCACCAUUUGGAUGCUGUCGAUGGAAAGAUCAAAAUUGGAGUGGAGAAUAUCAUCAAUGCUGACUUCUGUGUGGCUGGGUGCCUAAUAGCGUAUGGAGCACUUCUGGGAAAAGUCAGCCCUGUCCAGCUGAUGGUGUUGACUCUGUUCGGAGUUACCUUAUUUGCUGUGGAAGAAUACAUAAUUCUCGAACUACUACAUGUCAAAGAUGCCGGUGGUGCCAUGGUCAUCCAUACAUUCGGUGGAUAUUACGGUCUGACGAUAUCCUGGGUGCUGUAUCGACCAAAUUUAGACCAAAGCAAACGUCUGCAGGGGUCGGUCUACCACUCUGACGUCUUUGCCAUGAUUGGCACUCUCUACCUUUGGAUGUUCUGGCCCAGUUUUAACUCUGCCAUUGCAAACCAUGGAGAUGGGCAGCACCGAGCUGCCAUUAACACCUACCUGUCCAUGGCAGCAUGUGUCCUCACCACCUUCGCUAUUUCCAGCGUUACUGCAAAAAAGGGAAAGCUUGACAUGGUUCAUAUUCAGAAUUCCACCCUGGCUGGAGGUGUGGCAAUGGGAACAGCGGCUGAAUUCAUGAUUACUCCCUAUGGUUCACUUAUCGUUGGCUUCGCAUGUGGAAUUGUGUCCACUUUUGGCUACGUAGUGAUAACUCCACUUCUGGAGAAAAUAAAGAUCCAGGACACAUGUGGAAUCCAUAACUUGCAUGCCAUGCCAGGCGUCCUUGGAGGAAUCAUAGGUGCCAUUACAGCUGCAGCGGCCUCUGAGUCUGUAUACGGAAAGGAAGGUUUAAUCAACACCUUUAAAUUUGAGGGUAAAAUUGCAACCAGGACGCCAUCAAUACAGGGAGGGUACCAAGCUGCUGGGAUUUUUGUGGCUCUCGCCUUUGGACUUGUAGGAGGAGCGUUAGUGGGUUUGAUUCUGAGGUUGCCUAUCUGGGGAGAUCCAGCUGAUGAUAACUGCUUUGAUGAUGAAGUAUACUGGGAGGUACCUGAGGAUGAAGAAAGUAUUUCUCCAAUUCUGGAAUACAACACCCACCUGAGCAAUAAAAAUCCUGAUGUGUAA